AAAGAGCACCAUCAUUCGCAAACAAGCAAAUUUGAAUUUGUGGCCUGCAAAAUUGGCAACUAUAUACCCCAAUUAUCUAUCUCUUCAGUGACCUGAGAUCGUUCUCGUCAACUAAAAUGGAGCACCAACAACACAAAGUGGUGUGCUGCAUAGGCGACAUCCACGGAUACAUCACCAAGCUCCAGGCCCUCUGGUCCAAUCUCCAAGCCCACAUCAACCCACCUGACUUUGAAUCAGCCCUCAUUAUUUUCCUGGGUGAUUACUGUGAUCGUGGCUCCAACACUCCCCAAGUCCUCGACUUUCUCAUUUCUCUGCCCUCUAAGUACCCCAAUCAGACCCAUGUUUUUCUCUGCGGGAACCAUGACCUUGCAUUCGCCGCGUUUCUUGGUGUUGCUCCGAGGCCUUGUGACGGGUCGGAGUUUAGAGAGACGUGGAGAGAGUAUGAGAUGAAUGAGGAGAGAGAAGGGUGGUAUAAGGGGGAGGAGUAUGAGAGAAUGCAUGUGCAAGCGAGGAGAUGGGCUGGGAAGAUGAGUGGGUUUAAUCAUGUGAAGAAGACUGAGUAUAAGGGCUCAAUUUAUGAUGCUGCCCCUACUUUUGAGUCUUAUGGGGUUCCACAUGGAUCUUUUGAUUUGAUCAAGGCAGUUCCUGCUGAACACAAGAAGUUCCUUGCUGAUAUGGUUUGGGUCCAUGAAGAGGAUAAUGUUUGCAUAAAGACCGACGAAGGAAUCAAACAGUGCAAAUUAGUUGCUGUGCAUGCUGGAUUAGAAAAGAAUAGAGGGGUAGAAGAACAACUAAAAUACUUAAAAGCCAGGGACACCAGGAUUCCUAAGGUGGAGGCACUCAGCGGUAGGAAAAAUGUGUGGGAAAUGCCGAAGGAUCUGGCUAAAUAUCCAACUAUAUUGGUAAGUGGUCACCAUGGAAAACUUUACACUGAAGGUCUUAGACUGAUUAUCGAUGAGGGUGGCGGACUAGAGCAUAAUCCAGUCGCUGCUAUCGUGCUUCCUUCGAUGACAAUUGUCCGUGAUACUGAUCAACUGAGCAAAUAGCUUACUCAAUUCACAAUCCAUAGAUCAUUAUCAUGAUUCCUCGUAUGACUGUGGUUGAAGCACGAGAUACGUUCCCUCCCAUCUAAUGUAGAUGUUAGUCGUUUAUUUUUCUUGUUUCAGCUUGCAGUUAAUUUUGAGUGCUGUAUAUUCUUGCAAGAUCCAGCAGAGCUUCAAAUGUUUUCUGUAAAUGUUUUUCUGCCUUAUUUUAGCAUGUAUCAGCAGUAUAUAUAAUUGUCAUAUCAUUGCAAUGUUUCAGUGCUUUUAUUGCA